AUGGUUGAACAAAUCAACGCCAAGAAGCAUCCAUUCGUGAUGUGUAAUUUUGCCCCACCAGACAUGGUUGGUCACACGGGCGUUUACGAGGCUGCUGUGAAGGCUUGUGAAGCAACUGAUGUGGCAAUCGGUCGUAUUUAUGAGGCAUGCAAAGCAAACGGCUACGUUAUGAUGGUGACUGCUGAUCACGGGAAUGCUGAGCAAAUGAUGGCACCCGACGGAAGUAAACAUACCGCACAUACUUGUAACAAAGGUGAGUUCGAUUAA